UGCUGAAGAUCACACAUUAUGGAAAAACAAAUCAUGAAAACAAGUAAAUAAAUCAAUCCUUAUUUUAAUUCAUGAUGUAUUUUUCUACUGUAGCAAACCUUUUUUCACUAAACACCCCUCUCACAGUGACUUUACUAGCCUAGUAGAUCACAUCACUUCUCCUUUUGAAAACCUGUAUUGACAGUUAGAUUAGGUCUUCUGUAGCCUCAGGUAUAGGUUAAGGAGGACGUAAUGCCUUAAUGCCUUGUUUACACAUCGCCCAAGCUCCCACUGCCCCCGAAAUGUUGUUUGAAUCAAUGGGGGUUGGGGAGAGCGCAGCUUCUAGUGUUGGUAGAAUAUAUAGAAAACAUUUACAUGUAGAAAAACAAAUAAUUUUGGUGAUUUGCUUACCAAAGGAGAACAGAAAGAACAAUAAACUUAAGUUAGUCCAAUUUGAUGGUCAUUGAUAAUGCCCAUGGCUGGAUUUGGAUCAAUUAUGGUCUGGCAGACGUGCAGAAUCAUGACCGAUCCCCAGGGCUUAAAGAACACAAUUCAAUUUUCCUCAAUAAAUGUAAUACCAUUAGGCUGGAUAAAAACAGGCAACUUACAAGGGAGGAGUCUUUUAAAAAGCAAAGAGGUGGAUGAGGUCGGAAGAGACCUAGCGGUUGUUCAGAGGAAAGAGGACACCAACAGAGGAUCUCACCAGAUAAAUAGAAAAGAAGAAGUGCAGAUGCUUCACAGAAGGUCAAACUUUGUCUAACAUUACAGACGGAGAGGGCAGAACACAGAAAGAAAGCGGGUCUGUUAUGUCACACGAACCCUGAAAUCAAACAAGACAAAUGCGAGCGUAUUAGUCUGGAGGAUUACAUCAUUUUUAUAGCAAGACUGGAGAAAAAGUUCCCUCGCAGUUUGUUUCUCGGCCUAAACUUCAGUUCAACUUCGGCAAGAGAAGUAAGGAAAAGAAAAACAACUUGAAAGGAUCUGUCCGCCAGCAUGAGGAUCUUCAGCAAAGACGUCCGCCUUCAGGACUUCACCAUCAUGUAUUUCACUGGCCUGGCUGCCCUGAUGGUCAUCCUAGUGGCUUCGUAUCAGGCGCCCUCCAACGCCGUCGACGUGUCCAGCCUAAAGCCGAGCCCUUCCAGUUCUCUGCCACCUCUCCCCAUGCCUUUCCGGAUGCCUCUGGACCCACUUGGAAACCUGCAGCUGGCCUGGAACAUCAGCUACGCCACCCAGGAGGUCUACAUACAGCUGAGGGUUGCAGAGCUCAGACAUGGGGUGGUCCUGGGGAUGUCGGACCGCGGUGAACUCACCAACGCAGACCUGGUGGUGCUGUGGGACAAUGGAACAAGGAGCUACUUUGGGGACGCAUGGAGUGACAGCAAAGGCCGUGUGUCACUGGAUAGCCAACAAGACUACGAGCUGAUUGAAGCUAAACAGAAAGCUGAUGGAUUUUACUUGCUCUUCAAAAGACCUUUUAGUACCUGUGAUCCCAGAGACUACGUCAUAGAGGAAGGAACCGUGCACGUCAUCUAUGGCUUGUUGGAUCAACCACUUGCCUCUCUUGGAGAUCUGAACCUAUCCAGAAUCCACAUGGGGGUGCAGAGAGUGUUGAUGCUUCGCCCUGACAUGCCGUCUCCCACUCUGCCUCCAGAGGUGAAGACAAUGGAUGUUCUUGCUCCAAAUGUCAUCAUACCAAACCAAGAAACUACCUACUGGUGCUACAUCCAGAAGUUGCCUGAUGACAUGUCCAAGAACCACAUUGUCAUGUAUGAGUCUGUGAUAACUCCAGGUAACGAAGCCAUCGUGCAUCACAUCGAAGUGUUUGAGUGUGCACCAGAUCUGCGGGAGCUACCACAGUACAGCGGCUCCUGUGACGACAAGAUGAAACCCAAAAAGCUCAACCUCUGCCGCCAUGUGCUGGCUGCGUGGGCAAUGGGGGCCGAGGCUUUUUACUAUCCUCCCGAUGCAGGCCUGGCCAUAGGUGGACCUGGUUCCUCAAGGUUUCUUCGCCUGGAAGUCCAUUACCACAACCCUCUCCUUAUAUCUGGCAGGCAUGAUUCAUCUGGGAUACGACUGCAUUACACUCACAACCUGAGGCGGUACGAUGCAGGGAUCAUGGAGCUGGGCCUCGUUUACACUCCUGUCAUGGCGAUCCCUCCAAAGCAGCAUACCUUCUAUCUCACUGGGUAUUGCACAUCUAAGUGCACCCAGACUGCUUUGCCUCCGGGAGGUAUCUAUGUGUUUGCCUCCCAGCUGCACACCCACCUGGCUGGCCGUGGGGUCAGAACAGUUUUGGUGAGGGGAGGGAAAGAGCUGGACGUGGUACAGGAAGACCAACACUUCAGUACAGAGUACCAGACAAUCCGAGUUCUGAAGAAAAUGAUAAAUAUUUUACCAGGCGACGUCCUUAUUACAAAGUGUACUUACAACACAGAGGACAGGAGCAAGCCUACAGUGGGAGGUUUUGGCAUCAUGGAGGAAAUGUGCGUCAAUUAUAUUCAUUACUACCCUCGGACUCAACUGGAGCUCUGCAAGAGCCACGUUGACCCAGGGUACUUGCAGAAAUAUUUUAGCUUCAUUAACAGGUUCCAUGGAAAUGACCAGUGUGUGUGUGGCGAUGUUGGUGUGACAGAUCAGUACGCUCAGCUGCACUGGGACGAUUUUGCCGGAGAAGUGCUGGACUCUCUUUAUAACACGGCUCCCAUCUCCAUGCACUGCAAUCAGUCCACUGCACGCCUCUUUCCUGGUGAAUGGGAAAAACAGCCCCUGCCAGAAGUCACCUCCAUCCUGCCAAAACAUCGCUACCCCUGUGAAGGAGGUGCAGAGUCGUACAGCUGAGCCGGCGCCGCUCCAGUCUGAGCAGAAACAUCUGGAGUAGUUUGAGGACAGGGAGCGACCAGCGGACCAACAGGAGAUUAAAGAGGAUUAUUAAAUGUGACUUAGUUUGAAUCGAGUUUUAUCUCUACAUUAGCUGAUAAAUAGCAUCCACUGCUUACUGUAAUUAUAUGCCUGUGCAGACACCCACCAGCUGUGUUUAUUAUUAGUGCAUACUAAUUAAGCUAAUCGCAGUGUUGUUCAUGUGUUACAUCUAAUGAAAAAUGACAGUGAGAUAUUUGACAUCAGAGGUCUGUCAAUGUAAAAACAAAAACAAAACAUAAAAGCUAUCCAAAAAUUAACAGAAAAAGUUUGUUCCAUUUCUCACGAUUCUGUUAAAUUACAACUAAAGCGUUGCAUUUGUCAUAUAGUUAAAUAAAUAAAUAUUGUAUGUUACAGUAAAAUGUUGGAUUACCUUCCAGUCUUUUCCGUAUUUGAUUGUUCCUAUGGAGGUUUUGUUUUUGAAAAGAAAAAUGCACAAAGUGCUUUAGGUAAAAUCACAUUUUAUUAAUAAAGAAAUUCUCUUCAACACAAGUAACAAGUCUAGAUUGACAUCAAUAAUUUACUUUGACUGUUUCUCUUUGCAUGACUCAUUUGUUAUUUAAAGUCAGCGCUGACUUUAAAUAACGAUUAAUUAGUAAACAUUUUGUGCUUGAUGUGCAGCAGCAAGCAUCAGAGAGAUAUACUAGAGUGAUGCUAAGCAACUUAUAAACCCUUCCAGUGACUAAAGGGCACCUUAUGUUUUAAAGGCUCAGUUACAGAGUAAAGAAUUUAUUACAUAAAGAGCACGAAGAGCAUGUAAUAAAGUAGCAUUACUCCUACAACUUUUACUCCAUACUCAGUAACUUUAUAUCGACGAUGCGGCUAUUUGCCACUUCUGAAGAUUCUUGUCUGGCAAAAAUAAUCUUAAUUAUGAGGUAAUCAAAAUGUCAGUGUCACUGAAGCUGUGUUUUUAUUAUGCUAGCCUGAAACUUCAGCCCUACAAUUUAAUGACCCCGAAUCCUCAACCAGAGAUUCUUCAAACACGGUUAAAACUCGGCAUUCUGCAGUCGUGAAUGUUAGUCAGUCUCCAAUUCUCUUAUUCUUUGAAAUUGAAUUAACGUCUAAAUUGUAGCAAUUAGUUUAACAAACUAAGCCGACGCCACUCACAGAGCAGCAGCCUCCAUUCUUUUAACCUUAAAAACUCUGAUGCACAUUCCUGAAGGGUUAUGGCUGUUUUCGUUUCUGUCUUGGAACAUUGAAACAUAACAGAAAUAGAUUAAAACCUUGAAAUAUUCUCUCUUCUGCCCUUUCACAUCCAUUUCAAAGGAUCAGAGUAAUAUCAAAAACUGAAAGCUUCCAUAUCGCAGCCAUUUUCUUAUGUAAAUUUCUACUUUGCUCAUCUGUUUGUAAUUUGACGUAGACUAUAUAGAUGCAGGAUGCUAAGUCCAGUUCUCAGACUUACCAGUAAAAAGUUGCAACUUAAGAUACAGUAACACUUUGAUUUUAGGAGAGCUGAGGUUUAACAAUGUUUGAAAAAGUUUUUUUU